AUAUGUUUUCCGACAGAAAAGCCAUCGACCAGGUUUCCGGGUGGCUCACUCUAUACGACGAUGGUUUUGUUGAUCGGACAUGGACCGGACCACCGCAAUUCAAGUUCAUGUCUGAUACCGUCCCACCACACCAUCAUUUUAUCGACGGUGUCGCCACCCAUGACCUUUCGAUUGACACCAACACCAAUCUUCGUGUCCGGAUUUAUCUGCCGGAGCUACCCGACUCCACCCAAAAGCUGCCCAUAAUCUUGCACUUCCAUGGCGGAGGAUUUUGCAUCAGCCAAGCCGAUUGGUUCAUGUACUAUAAUUUCUACAUGCGGCUUGCCCGUGAAGCCAAAGCCAUUGUCGUCAGCACCUAUCUUCGUCUGGCACCGGAAUGCCGACUCCCUGCCGCCAUCAAUGAUGGCUACUCCACCCUUCUCUGGCUCCAAGACUUGGAAAACCGUAAAACCCACCAAUCAUUGUUGUCGUCCAAUGGAGAUUUUAGCCGUAUCUUCCUCCUCGGAGACAGCACCGGUGGGAACAUAGUCCACCAGGUGGCCAAAAAGUCCGCCGGAGAAAACAUGGGAGUUGCCGGAGCAAUCCUGAUCCACCCGGGGUUUCUCCGGUCGGUUAGAAGCAAGUCGGAGUUGGAAAACCCAGAAUCUCCGUUUUUAACUCUGGACAUGUUGGAUAAGUUUCUGAAGCUAGGGUUGCCGGAAGGCAGCACCAAAGACCACCAGAUUACAUGUCCAAUGGCGGAGCCGCUGGAGGGGUUGGAUUUGCCACCGUAUCUGGUGUGUGUGGCGGAGCAGGACCUUAUGAUAGCGACGGAGGUAGAGUUUUAUGAAGCCAUGAAGAAAAGUGGGAAUAACGUCAAGUUGUUGGUGAGUCCAGAAGUUGGACAUAGUUUUUACCUGAACAAAAUCGCCAUUGAUGUCGAUCCAGUGACCUCGAAGCAGACUCAUAAAUUGAUCCAAGAAAUAACCCACUUCAUUAGAAACCAUUAAUUUUAAAUUGUAUAUUUGUUAUCGGUGAACGUUCAUCUUCCAAUUCGCUAUCACCCAAACAAAACCCCAGGAAUAUGAUCAUUUCUUAGCUCUAUUCUAUUCUCUA